AUGCAAAAUUUUUGUGCAGAUUAUGGAAAAUACAUGGGGUUGAAAGAUAAGCAUAAGCUUAAUGAAAUCGGUAAAGAAAUAUGCAACUGUGAAAAGGAUGAAAAUAAGCUUUAUGAAACUGUUGACGAGUAUGAUUCUUUUCAAGACUGGAAAGAGAUUGGUAGAGGAGGGUUUGGUACCAUAUAUAGUGCAUAUUCAGAAGACGCUGAAAAAAUUGUAGCUUUAAAAAGCAUUCAUCACGAUUCCUCAAGUGCUAAUGUGAAUGAAUUUAUUAAAGAAGUAUUAAUUAUUUAUAAUACAUAA